UGUAAUGUAAGGGUGAUAAUCCGCAAAACAAUCACUCGGAAAAUCAAUCAGAAUUUAGAAUUGGUUGGUUUCCAACGACUUGCCGCCUUCUAAAUGACCCUACUGUUAUUCAUGAUCAACAGCACAGAGGACAUUGGAGGGCAGAUUAAACAGGUUGGAAUUAUUGGUGGAUCUGGGUUAGAUGAUCCAAAUAUAUUAGAAAAUAGAAGUGAGAAAUCAGUCGACACACCAUACGGAAAGCCGUCAGAUGUGUUAAUAACAGGAACAAUAAAAGGAACAGAGUGUAUUCUGUUAGCCAGACAUGGCCGAAAACACAGUAUAGGUCCUUCCCAUGUUAACUACCAGGCCAAUAUUCACGCUCUAAAGGCAGAAGGUUGUACACAUAUAGUAGUUACAACUGCAUGUGGAUCAUUACAAGAACAUAUACAACCAGGUGAUAUCGUAUUAAUAGAUACUUUUAUAGACAGAACUCAUAAAAGGGUACAGACAUUUUACGAUGGCUCUGCAAAUGCACCAAAAGGAAUAUGUCACAUUCCGAUGAACGAACCAUUUUGUACACGAACAAGAAAGCUUGUUGAAACAUCAUUAAAAGAAUUAGGAUAUGGUCACCAUGCCAAUGGUGUUAUGUUGACAAUUGAAGGACCAAGAUUUUCUACCAAAGCAGAAAGUAAAUUAUGGCGUAUACAAGGCGCAGAUGUAGUUAAUAUGAGCACUGUACCAGAGGUGAUAUUAGCUAAAGAGGCUGGUGUAUGUUACGCUACUAUGGCGUUAGUAACAGAUUACGAUUGUUGGCGUGAUGACACAGAGGCUGUUAGUGUAGAACUGGCUCUACAAACAUUUAAGAAAAAUGCUCAAAAAGCUAUAAACGUUCUGUUAGAUGUUAUUCCAAGAAUCACAGCCGAGGAUUGGACGCAAACACUCAAAGACAAUGAGGAAAUAUCAAGAAAAUCUGUGAUGUAAAUGGUGCAAUGAUAUUUUCUUUUAAACUUCUAGAGAACCAUGCAUAACCUAUUAUCCAAUAUAAUUUUAAUAAUAAAAAUCCAAGUAAAAGACGAUAAAACCCCCACACUCGAAAAGAUUAGGAGGGGGGAAGAUUCCCUUGAACAGUGCUGACAACUUUGGAUCUCAGUGAAGCAUCCGGGGAUAAGCAGGAACCAAUCCAUGUAAAUAAUCCAAAAAAUAAUAAAAUCCCCGGCAACAAUAAUUUUAUAUGUUUCAGUUAUCCCUCAGUAUUAUUUGAUAAUAUAUGAUUAUCCAGAUACCAUUAUGUUGAUUUUAUUUUGCAAUUUAAAUAUUUGUAUGAUCAUGUGAGAUUCCACAAAUGAUAUUAAUAUAUAUUGAGGUUGAAAUACUAAAACAAUGUUAGAUGUCCCUCAUAUACGAAAAAACGGAAUUGUAUUUAGAUGUCCCUCAUAUACGAAAAACAUAAUUGUAUUUCUUUAUUAAAUGUAUGACUACGAUUGGUUGGUAUUAUUUUAAAAAUUUAUUUAUUUAAUCAGUCGAUUUUUUCAAAAACUGUCUGUAUUUUAUUUGAAAAUAUUCUACAGGGUUGUAUAUUACGGUAUUUCAUAAAACAAUAAAUGUUUUGAGGGUUAAAAUUAGGCCUAUAUAUAGGCCUAUGAUAUAUUCUACAGGGUUAUAUGUUUUGAGGGUUAUUGUUAUAGGCUAUAUUUACAUCAUCGUCUUCUAACAGGUUCAGGCCUGAGUUCACAAAGCAUUCUCAGACUGAAGUUAAGAAUUUACUCAACUUUCAAUCACUGUUUAUGAGAAAUAUUUUUGAUCCAGAAACACAAAAAUUUGCACAUAGUUUCUUAAUGAUGUAUUUAUUUGAUGCCGGUACAUUAAAAAAAAUUUUUUUAUAAGGGAACAAUUUGGAAUAAAUUUGUAACUUAAAGGAGCUAAGUCGCUAAUACUUGGGACCUAGAAAUUGACACAAAUGGGUCGCAACGUAACAAUAAUGUAAUAUGAAUGUAUAUAAAUUAAUUUACAUUCAAUCGUUUCUGUUUUUACUGUAAUUUGUAAUCAGUUAUAGGUUCGGCGAAAUACGGCAGUAUUCUCAAUCGAAUUUCAAUCUCUAGCGUCUGGUUAUUCCAGUCUACGCCGAUAUUAUUUAUUGGGCUUGCUCUCUAGAUAAGAAUAUUGCGUCACCGUUUGACAUGACUUGUGGAAUAUGAGUAGUCUCGUUUUUAGAGUCCCUUAUUACAAAAAGCACUGAAACGCAUUAUGGUACACGAUUCGUGUACCAAUUGUAACAUGUUUAUUUUGUCUUAAAUAUUGGAUAUCAGAAGGCAAUCUUUUCCCGGUAAGAUCACAACAUCAAUGUUUAUUUAAAUCGACAAAUAAAUCGUGUUUUCAAUGUCGAAGAUUAUGGAUGAUAUUGAGUUAUAGACUUAGCUACUUUAAGUCUGAGAAUGCUUUGUAAACUUGGGACCGGGUGUCAUUUUAAAGGUAAUUAUUAUUUGACUAUAACUUUGUUUCUUGUAUCAUUUGUUGAAUAAAAUUUUAUACAGUAAUAAUAA